AUGUCUACUAGGCAGCAGGACGUUGCGAAACCCGUGCAAACAGGAGAACGUGAAGAGCAAAGCGGGAAGCUCGAGAAGGAGAAAGGAAGAAUUUCGCCAUUCCGAGCGGAUGUGGCUGUUUUCUCAUUUCCGUCCAGCGCGAGCGCGAGCGGAAUUCCCAGGUUUACACUCGUACAGGUGCCAGCUGUUUACUGCAAGCCCCCGGGAACUUUCCCCUCACAGCCUCACUCCUCCAGGGAGCAAGAUCUACCACACAGCUGGAGAGGAAGUCUGAUCCGGUGUCUCAGCAUGACAAGCAGAUCUAGUUUUAUUCUGCCAAUUUUUAAACUUUGCAUCUGUUUUCUGCUGACAGAAUCUACUUCAAGAUGCUUCAUCAAAGAUAAUAAAGCCUACUGUGCCUUGAGAAACCUGUAUGAGGUGCCAGUUUUGCCUCCCUAUAUAACGUAUUUGGAUCUAACCUUAAAUUACAUUAGUGAAAUCCACGAGAAAUCCUUUUAUGGUUUGGAAGCGCUACAAAUCCUUAUGAUCCAGCAACAGGAAAUAAGACUUAUCUUGAGGAAUAAUGCCUUUAGCCGACUGUCCAAACUGACGAAACUAGAUCUGGCAUACAACAAGAACCUACAAGUGGAUCCAGGAGCAUUUAAUGGAUUAUUCAACCUUCAGAUACUCAAUCUUACAGAGUGCAAGUUACAUGACUCUAUUCUUUCAGGAGACUACCUGAGACCGCUUGUGUCUCUGGAGCAGCUUUCACUACCUGGAAAUAAUAUAGGUAAAAUCCGUCCCACUUCUUUCUUUGUCAACAUGAGCAAACUGCAUAUUGUAGACCUCUCUCAUAACUGGAUUAACAGUUUUUGUGAAGAAGAUUUAUUCCAUUUUCAAGGCAAACACUUCACUCUCCUUAAACUUCAUGACAUCAAAAUGUUUGACAUGAAUCCAUAUUGGUCUGGAUGGAACAAAUGUGGAAACCCGUUCAAGAACAUGUCUAUGACGGUGCUUGAUUUGUCUCUAAAUGGCUUCAGUGUUGACAUGGCAGUGCUGUUCUUUAAAGCAAUCAGAGGAACCAAAAUUCACAUUCUGAUUCUUAAUUACAGCGGCAGCAUGGGAAAGGGAGUUUGGUACAAUAAUAUGAAAGACCCAGACAGGAAUACAUUUAUGGAUCUGGCCGAGAGCGGCAUUAAGGCUCUGGAUCUGUCCAAAGCUAGCAUUUUUGCUCUUAAAAAUUCAGUAUUCCUUUAUAUGCCAGACCUGGAGGAAAUCUCAUUAGCUCAUAAUUCAAUCAACCAAAUUGAAAGAGAUGCUUUUUAUGGACUGGACAAUUUAAGAAUGCUCAAUCUGUCUCAUAACCUUUUGGAUAAAAUUGAUUCUGAAAUGUUUAACAAUUUACGAAGUCUUGAGACACUGGAUUUAUCUAACAAUAACAUAAGAAUACUUAUGUCUGAGUCAUUUCAAGGACUGCCCAAUUUGCUUCACCUAUUUCUCUCAGAAAACUCAUUACAAUCCCUGCAUACGCUGGCAAACCUUCCAAAACUUAAAGUACUUUACUUAGACAGUAACAAAAUUCAAUCCCCUUAUGGUCUUCCAAGCCAAGCAAGAAACAUCACAACCAUUUAUUUGCAGUACAACAGAUUAAGUAAUGCUGAGAGCUUCUACACCGUAUUAGUGGAAUUCCCCAAUAUUGAAGUAAUAUAUCUUGGAGGCAACAUGUUUUCAUGGUGUGUCUUUAAUGCUAACUAUUCUGUGUCACCUUUAAACAAUGUACAAUUUCUUGACCUCCACAUGACCGGCUUGCAAAAUCUCUGGUUACGAGGACAGUGUCUCGACAUGUUUGACCACCUUCAUAAAUUGCAGAUGCUUCUUCUUAAUAAUAACUUCAUGCAGUCACUUCCAGAAAACAUUUUCAAGGGACUCACCUCUUUGAAUUAUUUAGAUUUAUCCAUCAACUCUCUAACCUAUAUACCUAAUGGCAUAUUUCCCAAAAGUCUGAGGAUACUCAACCUUGCUUACAAUAAUCUCGGUUCUGUUGAUCCACUAGCCUUCAGCACCCUGACCCUCAUCAGCUUGCUUGGGAACCACUUUCUUUGCGAUUGUAGUCUGAGAGACUUACAGACAUGGUUAAAUCAGACAGAUGUGCAAAUGUAUUCCCCUGCUGAGGAACUGAUGUGUGAGUUUCCUGAAGUGCAACGAGGGAAGCCUCUUCUGCAUGCUAAACUAUGUGAGGAUGAAGAGGAUGAGAAGAAGAUCGAGGAGCUGAGGCUCACACUUUUCAUCUGCUGCACCAUACUUAUUAUGCUAACCACCACAGGGGCUAUUAUUUUUGUCCGUCUGCGAGGCUACAGCUUCAAGCUUUACAGAAAGGCGAUUGUUAGAUUUGUGGAGGGAGGCCCAAAAUUGCCUGUUAACGAUGGCUUGAUGUAUGACGUCUACUUAUGUUUCAGUUCUAAUGAUAUCAAAUGGGUGACAAAGGCACUGCUGAAAAAGCUAGACACACAAUUCUCUGAUCAAAACGAAUUACGCUGUUGCUUUGAAGCACGAGACUUCAUACCGGGAGAAGACCAUCUAUCUAACAUGCGUAACGCAAUCUGGAAGAGUAAGAAGACAUUAUGCAUCUUGUCCAGAGAGUUCUUUAAGGAUGGCUGGUGCUUGGAGGCCUUCAGUCUGGCCCAGACCAAGAUGCAGAAAGAGGUCAAGGAUGUCUUGCUGGUGCUUCUUGUGGACAACAUACCACAUUACAAACUGAUGAAAUACGAACCGGUCAGAACCUACUUCCAGACCAGGAAGUAUCUCUGCUGGCCAGAAGAUAGCCAAGACUUGGAGUGGUUUUACAACCAUCUUAAACAUAGCAUAUUAAAAGACACCAAAGUCAAGCAAGUGAAAAAAGACGUUGAAACAAACGACAAAGCGACAGACUGUGAAGCAGUAACUGCAUUUUAAUCCAUGGAUAUAUCAGUGGAAAGAUAUGAAAAACAUGGAAACAUACAACAAGUUGUGAAUGUAUUAGGUACUAGAUUAAUGUACCUACAACUGGUGUCUUAAUGUGCACUGAAGAUACAGUAUAUCCAUUAGGUAAGAUGUGGCCCAACUCAAAGUGGAGUUACAAUUGAAACACUUAAGUUGAUAUUGUUUUAUUCCGCUUAUACCACAGCAAUUUGCCAGAGCUUACAAAACUUUUUAUCUGUUUACAAUUAUGGCUAAUUUUGUGGAAUGUCCACAAAACAAGUUAGUUCCUGUUAUAACUUCCAUUAUUCAAUUUCAAUUCAAUUCAAUUUUAUUUGUAUAGUGCUUUUAACAAUGGACAUUGCCACAAAGCAGCUUUACAGAAAUUAAUGGAUUCACAAAAAUAUAUUGUAAAUAUUUGAAUUUAUCACUGUGAAUUUAUCCCUAAUGAGCAAGCCAGUGGCGAUGGUGGCAAGGAAAAACUCCCCGAGAUGAUAUGAGGAAGAAACCUUGAGAGGAACCAGGCUCAAAAGGGAACCCAUCCUCAUCUGGGUGUAACGGAUAGUGCGAUUAUAAAUAAAUCCCUUCUAUUAUUGUGUACUAUAUGGACAAAUAGUGCAAUUGUGCAACCAAUAAAUUCAUCACAGUUUUUGCAAGAAGUCCGGCUGGUUAAAAUCUACCCACUGUCCACUGAUGAAGUCCUGAGUACGAAGCUGCUCGUGGCAACUGCAGCCCCAAAGCCACUACAGCAAUCGCAGUCCCAAGCCAUUACAGUACAGCUCCCCAUAUGUGAUCCCCAUGCCAUCUCCACAGCCCCCAGGUGGCGCCAUCCCCAGCAAUCCAAACAGUUCUUCAGGCAAUCCAUAUGGGGCCACCCCCAGCAGCAGCGAGCGAACUCAACCGAUGAGAACUCCAACCAGAAGUAGGGCAUCAGGAUGGGUCAGGCAGCGAGGAGGAGCAGAAGGGGUCAGGAUCACUGGCAUCACUGGCAUCUCAGAAGUAGCAUGUGUAGCUCGACAGAGAGUGAGGGAGAGAGAGAGAUGGAGAGAAAGUAAGAGAUUGUUAGGUGAGCUUUUGUCCUCUAAUAGUUAAGCAUGAUGUACUUUGCAUGCAGAGUGCAAGCAGGGACUCCGGCAAGACUAGCUAUGACAGCAUAACUAAAAGGGAGAGCCAGAAGCUAACACAGACAUGAGGGCACCCUGGGACAUAAAGCAGCCAGCCACUCCCCUGUCGACAAACCUGAGUGAACGUGUGAGAGUGGGGGGGCGACAACAUCCAAACAUCCCAGUUCACCACAACACUCUAUGCCUGUGAAACCCUCCAGACCUGCCCCUGUACCUAAGAAAACUAUUCACAAAAGGCUUGACUAAACAAAUAUGUCUUCAGCCUCGACUUAAACACUGAGACUGUGUCUGAGCCCCGAACACUAAGUGGAAAGCUGUUCCAUAACUGUGGGGCUUUGUAAGAGAAAGCUCUACCCCCAGCUGUAGCCCGCAUUAUUCGAGGUACCAACAAAUAGCCUGCACCUUUUGAUCUGAGUAGGCGUGACGGAUCAUAAAAGACCAAAAGUUCACUCAGGUACUGUGGCGCGAGACCAUUUAGUGCUUUAUAGGUCAAUAGUAGUAUUUUAUAAUCAAUACGAAAUUUGAUUGGGAGCCAAUGCAGUGUGGAUAAGAUAGGGGUGAUGUGGUCAUAUCUUCUGGUUCUAGUAAGGACUCUCGCUGCUGCAUUCUGGACUAACUGGAGCUUGUUUAUGCAUCUACUGGCACAUCCAGACAGUAAGGCAUUACAAUAAUCCAACCUAGAGGUAACAAAAGCAUGAACUAAUUUUUCUGCAUCGUGUAGUGAUCAUUAUAGCAGUUAUAAACUGUUGUUCCCUCACUAGCCUCUCUUUUUUCAAGACAAAUAAACAUUAAAAUGCAGCUUAUCAUGUUGCUGAGAAACCACAAAGUUUACAAAGUGUAAAUGUCUGUCCUGAAGAUGUCAGAAAACCUGAAGCUUUACUACUAAAUAUUCCAAAGCACUGACACUGGAGACUCCUUCCGUAAAUGUUAAAUACACGUCUCCUUCCAAAAAAACCUAUGUGUUACUAUAUAAACGACAAUGUAUUAGAAGGAGCGCAUUAAUAUAAACCUGUGAUUUACAGCUGUACUACUGUACUACUCAGAGCUGCUGGCAGUAGUGAAAACAACAGUAGAAAUUAAUCAAUACCUUCUUAUCAGAUUAGGGAAUUCAACAGCGCUGUCGUUAAAGUAAUGUUUAACUACUUGUGAUACAGUCUAGUGAAACAUCUACUAAUCUGGACAUUUUUGAACUUACCCCAAAUGUAGUUGAUCAGCAAAGUUAUAGCUUUGUUAUGUCCUUUAUGUCCUGUUCACUACUUAUCAAAGCUCGGUCCUACUGCACAGCUUCGAGGUAUCUAUGGUAAGAAAUAAAGAGCUUUUUGCAGCAUUGUAGGACAAUUUUGGCCCAUUCCUCUUGGCACAGAGUCCCCCUGAUGGACUCACAAUUUCAAAAUCCUCAACAAUUUUUCAAUGGCAUUCAAGUCAUGCAAGCAACUUAACCUUCUUUGUUAGAAACCAUUCUUGAGUUAUUUUGUCUUGGAUAAAUGCCCAUCUUCUCACCAGAUUCAGUUACUUCACUCGGUAUGGUAUUCUUGGGAUCAUAAGUGAAACCUUUCUUUUCUCCAAACAUGACAAACUGAAGUAUUGCCAAAGAGAUCUAUAUAAACGCUUUAUAUGCCAAAUAUACUUUAAAUUUUACAAUGCCAAAAUACUGUGGAAUACACUGUAUACAUACAUUAUGAAACAGGUACAGUAUAGGUAUAAACAAUGUAAAUGUACACUUAAGGGUCCAUUUGUGUUUUUGUGGUACACAACUUUACUUUACCAGGUAUUUACAGGCAUAAAAGAUGCACACUUCUUGUUACCAACCUGUAGCAAGCACCUGAAAGUGCAUUUCAAAACACAUGUUUUUUCUAUGUAGUCCUGGCUUUUGUCAAGUAGAAGCUCUAUGUAAAAUGUGUACUUUUAACCUAAAAGCACUUUUAUUUUAAACAAGUCUAUAGCAACCACUGAUGAUUGUAAAAAAUGUCAUUUCUGAUUCAUUACUGUUGGUAAAUGAUUUUACAUAAACAAUGAAAUUGCUUGAA